CUUCUUGCUUCAUGCAUCCCUAUGGAUUAGGGUUUCCCGAUAGCCACUCUGCGUCGCACCGAAUUGGAGUUAGGAGCGGUUUCUUGGAGCGUCCUGAAUUGGGAAGAGACAUGUGAAGCGCUUGCGAGGGAUUUUUCUGUGCAGUGAGAAUAAGUGCUGGAUUGGAGUUGUGGAAUUGCGGUGGUGGUGUGGAACCCUAGUGCGGGGAUAGUUUGGGGCUUGGAGCAAUGGAUGCGCUUAAGGCGGAGCUGGAACGGAAGCGAAAGGCUACGAGCGAAGUUUCUAAAGGGAGGAAGUUCGUGAGGAGAGGGGAGAUUGACCAGCGGGAGUUGGAAAGGAAGAAGGAACAAGAGAAGAAGGAGCUUCUGGAGAAAGCGAAGAAGAAAGCCGCGCCUGGGACGCAGGAUUCCUCUGCGGCUGGCACGGAUGCGAGUGUGUCGGCACCUGCAGCGGCGAAGCUGUCGUCGAAAUCGAAGGAGGUUGGUAGUGAGGAGGAGACGUUGGACGAGUUGGAGCUGCCGAGGGCGGAAGUGAUUAGGAGAUUGCGGUACUUGAAGCAACCGGUGACGUUGUUUGGGGAAGAUGAUGACGAUCGGCUUGCCCGGCUGAAAGCUUUGUUGAAGGCUGGGAUGACCGACCCAGACAGCGAGCUGAUGGAGGGGCAGCGUAAUGACUUUCUGGUGGAUAUGGCUGAGCUUCGAAAACGGGAAAAGCAUGGGCGGUUGGAGCCCCGGAAGGAGAAGAACAAGGAGAAGGACGGCGGUGACGACGGUGAUAGGGACGGUGGUGGAGGUGGCGAACAGAACAUUACUGGGGAUGGUGGUUUUUCUUCUGGCAUUGAUAAUGACAAGGACGUGAAGAGGUUGAAGGCUAACUUUGACGAGUUGUCGGACGAAGACAAGAUUCUGGUGUUCUUCAAACGAUUGCUUCUGGAGUGGGAGCAGGAGUUGGAAAACCGGCCAGAAGCUGAGCAAAGAACUGGACGAGGCAAGUCAAGUGUGGCGACUUUCAAGCAAUGUGCUCGAUAUCUCAAGCCCCUUUUCAAGAUGUGCCGCAAAAAAAUUCUGCCUGAUGAUAUUCGAACAGCUCUGAUGAUUAUAGUUAAAAAUUGCAUGGAGCGAGAUUAUCUUACAGCUAUGGAUCAGUACAUUAAACUUGCCAUUGGAAAUGCACCGUGGCCCAUUGGAGUGACUAUGGUGGGUAUUCACGAACGUUCGGCUCGUGAAAAGAUUUACACCAACAGUGUUGCACAUAUUAUGAACGACGAGACCACAAGAAAGUAUCUGCAAUCAAUUAAGAGGUUAAUGACCCUAUGUCAGCGGCGGUAUCCAUCUAUGCCUUCCAAGUCCGUGGAGUUUAACAGCCUUGCAAACGGAAGCGACCUCAAAUCUUUGCUGACAGAAGAAAAAAACAAGACAGGUAGUGUUGCGGCUGAAGAGAGGUUACGACUUCUGGCUGCUAGGGAUGAAGACAGGUAGUCAUUAGCCCCUCUUUGUACCACUAUAAGGGUAGCUUAGUUUUGAAGUGUACAUGAAAGGUAGCACCGUCUGUUCAUUGGGUAUGUCUGAAGUUAUAGGAUAGGAAGGAGUUCAGGAUUCCCAUCAUCCAUACUUGCAGGUUCUGGAAAGUAUGGAUUGAUUAUUAGGUCAGAGAAGAAUCCAAGUAUUGAGAAACAUCAGAUUUGGCGGUUUGAAUUUAACUCGUAGCACAUGUCAGGUUUAUCUUUUGAAUUUCAAAGUUAGUACAUGCCUGGGAACAGAUAGUUUUGCCGAAUUGUUACAACACUAUCAUCAACAAAUAUCUGAAAUCUGUAUGGCUUGCACACCAA